UAAACGACUUCCUCCGACCCCCUUUCUCCAACCUCAGCUAGACUCAGCAUCUGACCCUGCGACUCCAGAACACCAGUUUCAUUUCCCUUGGCCAAUUUCCCAAAAGGAGGGGCGGGCGGGGCUCUGCCAGUUUAAGGGGAGAGAAAGGGCCACAGCAGAGACAGCGGAGGGCAGAGGAGAGGAUCUCGCGGUCCUGCUGUCGCCAAGAGCUGGAGGUGGCCACACGGCCAGCCGUCGGGGCACAGAGAGAGAGGACCCACAGAAAUCGGGACUGAGAAGCAGUCAGGCGGGGAGACGCCAUCUCCCACCGACAGUCAUGGCCCCGCUGGUCCUGCGCCUCCUCGUCCUCGUCCCCAUCCUCCUCAGCCUGGCAGCCUCCCAGGACUGGAAGACCGAACACGGCCAGGACCCCUUCGAGAAAUGCAUGCGCGAUCCUGACUACGAGCAGCUGCUCAAGGUGGUGACCCUGGGCCUCGAUCGGACCCUCAAGCCCCAGAGGGUGAUUGUGGUUGGCGCUGGCGUGGCUGGGCUGGUGGCUGCCAAGGUGCUCAGUGAUGCCGGACACAAGGUCACCAUCCUAGAGGCAGAUAACAGGAUCGGGGGCCGAAUCUUCACCUACCGGGACCGGAACACGGGCUGGAUUGGGGAGCUGGGAGCCAUGCGCAUGCCCAGCUCCCACAGGAUCCUCCACAAGCUCUGCCAGGGCCUGGGGCUCAACCUCACCAAGUUCACCCAGUAUGACGAGAACACGUGGACGGAGGUGCACGGGGUGAAGCUGCGCAACUACAUGGUGGAGAAGCUGCCCGAGAAGCUGGGCUAUGCCCUGCGGCCCCAGGAAAAGGGCCACUCGCCCGAAGACAUCUACCAGAUGGCUCUCAACCAGGCCCUGAAAGACCUGAAGGCGCUGGGCUGCAGAAAGGCAAUGAAGAAGUUUGAAAGGCACACGCUCUUGGAAUACCUCCUCGGGGAGGGGAACCUGAGCCGGCCGGCCGUGCAGCUGCUGGGAGACGUGAUGUCCGAGGAUGGCUUCUUCUAUCUCAGCUUUGCCGAGGCCCUCCGGGCCCACAGCUGCCUCAGCGACAGGCUCCAGUACAGCCGCAUCGUGGGUGGCUGGGACCUGCUGCCACGCGCGUUGCUGAGCUCACUGUUGGAGCCUGUGCUGUUGAACGCGCCCGUCGUGGCGAUAACCCAGGGGCCGCAUCAUGUGCACGUGCAGAUCAAGACCUUUCCCCGGGCGCGGAAUCUGAAGGCGCUGAAGGCCGACGUGGUGCUGCUGACCGCGAGCGGGCCGGCGGUGCAGCGCAUCAGCUUCUCGCCGCCGCUUCCCCGCCACGUGCAGGAGGCGCUGCGGGGACUGCACUACGUGCCGGCCACCAAGGUGUUCUUGAGCUUCCGCAGGCCCUUCUGGCGCGAGGAGGACAUCGAGGGCGGCCACUCGAACACCGACCGCCCGUCGCGCAUGAUUUUCUACCCGCCGCCGCGCGAGGGCGCGCUGCUGCUGGCCUCGUACACGUGGUCGGACGCGGCCGCGGCGUUCGCCGGCCUGAGCCAGGAAGAGGCGCUGCGCGUGGCGCUGGACGACGUGGCGGCGCUGCACGGGCCGUUCGUGCGCCAGCUCUGGGACGGCACCGGCGUCGUCAAGCGCUGGGCCGAGGACCCGCACAGCCAGGGUGGCUUCGUGGUGCAGCCGCCGGCGCUCUGGCAAACCGAAAAGGAUUACGGGCCGUACGACUGGUCUGUCCCUUACGGCCGCGUCUACUUCGCCGGCGAGCACACCGCCUACCCGCACGGCUGGGUGGAGACGGCGGUCAAGUCGGCGCUGCGAGCCGCCAUCAAAAUCAACAGCCGGGAGGAGCCUGCAUUCGAGACGGCCAGCCCAGAGGGGCAGAGGCAGAGGCAGGGGUAUGCGCAUGGGGUGGCGGGCAGCCCCUCGUAUGACCGGGCAGAGGAAGAGGGCAGCCACCCUCCAGUCCAAGGCCAGGUACCUCUCCAGCACACUACCUACCCGAGGACCUGGCAUUAAAGUAUUUUCGGAAAAA